UGGUCGCUGGGUGCGGGGAUCGUCGCGGGCGGCGGGCAGCUCCCGGACGGCAGGCGCGGCCCCGCCCCAUGGACGUCUCUAGCUCGUGGAACCCAGCCCCGGCCUCUGUCAGCAGCCCUCCCUUGCUGCUCCCCAUUCCUGCCAUCGUCUUCAUCGCCGUGGGCAUCUAUUUAUUGCUCCUGGGCCUGGUGCUGCUGACCAGGCACUGCCUGCUGGCCCAGGGUUGCUGCACUGACUGCAGCUUCACCUGCAAGAAGCAAGGUGCCUCUGAACCCCAAGAUUGCUGCUGGACCUGCGCAGAAGCCUGUGACUUCCCUCUGCCCAGUCCAGCCCACUACCUGGAUGCCUGCUGCCCCCAGCCCAGUGAAACUGGCUGGGCUCCGCAGUGCCCUCACUGUUGCCCACUUUGUGACUGUGCCUGUGCCUGCCAGCUCCCUGACUGCCAGAGCCUCAACUGUCUCUGCUUUGAGAUCAAGCUCCGAUGAGGACCCAGGACCCCUGGUCUUUGGGGAGCGGUCAGCCCCCGGGACCCACAUGCCCCCCUUCCUAAGGGCCAUCAGGACAUUUCUCUCCGGACUCCUGGAGCUACAAAUGGCUUCCCCAGCUCUCCAGGCUGGGAACCCCCAGUGGAAAGCCUGGCCCCUGGCAGCCUUUGGGUGGCUGGCCUGCAGCGAAUUUGGAGGGCUGGAAGGGAAAGGAACUCGUUCUCUGGCCCGUGCCUCUGCCCCUCCUUCCCUCACCAAGUAAAUGACUGCAGGUGCAGGUGAGGGCCAGGAUACUUCUGACCAAGAAGGCAUUAUGGGAAGACCCCAGUGGGCCUUGAGCGUCAGGAUGUAGGGGUGCCCGCCUGCACCCUAUGCGUGGACUCUUGGUUAUUUUGGAGAUCCCUGCUCAGAGGAUUAUUUCUCGUAACAACCAAUAGCCUCAGUCUGGAAUUGCAAGGAAGAGAAUUCCUCUGAAACAUAAC